AAUGAAACUAACUUUAAAAAUAAACAAAUAGCACAUAAAAUAUUCAAAUAUGACCGAAUCGGAAUAUUUGAAUACUGGAAAUAGCACUAAAAAAGAAGUAUUUUUUUAUCAUAACUAUUUAACAGGCCUCAUUAAAGCACUAGAAGGUGAAUACACAUUAAUAGAUUUAAGAAACGAGAGCAGUAUUGCAGGAAGGAUCUCAAAAGUAGAUGGAUAUAUGAAUAUAGAUAUGAAUGAUGUUGUAUUUCGGGAUCCCUUAGGUAACAAAUAUUGUUUUGAACAAUUUUUUGUCCGCCAUAGGAAUAUAAGAUAUGUGCACAUUCCGAAAGAAUUGAAUUCUAUGGAGUUAAUUCAAGAAAAUAUUAGUGGACUGAAAAGGGUUAGGCCAGAUAAGAGUAAAAGAACUUUCAAAGGAAUUAGAGCUUUAAGAUACCAUCAAGAAACUGUGAGGUCUCUUAGUAAAACCAAUUAAUAAAAUCAUUUCAAUUA